AUGGCGCCUGUGCAAGCAAAUCGCAACAAUCGCUUUACAGGCGAUCGACAACCACUCCGUAGCAAUGAUGACCUGCAACUCAUUCAAUCAAGAGUCCAAGGACCGAUCACCUUCUUGAAUCCUACCCAGGCAAGCUUCGAACACGCGAUACACAAAUCGACCACUGGAGAUCUCCUUCCAAACACCACGACGCCUCUGAGCACGACAAACUCGGUCCCGCCAACCGAAGUUCCCAAAUCACCCGCCGCCAAUUUUGAGUACAAAUGGACAGCUCGAGACAAUCGCAAAGGUCGACACACCCUCGUUAUAAAGAGCCCUUCAGUGGAACAACCAGAAGCGAACGUCGCUACCCCUCGAAGCACGACUCAUUGGCAAUCCAUCAUACAUACAGUAUGGCUGAUGAUAACGUUCUACCCUGUGUGGGACAUAUCCUGGUGCGUGGCUUACGUCUUUACCCUAGGAAGUGUUCUAUGGGUAGUCAAUUCUUUCUUCGUCUUUUUACCUCUGAUGCGGCCCUCAUCAACAUUCCAUAACGAGGCUCUCGUCGGUGGUGGCGUCACCGCCUUCAUCGGAGCAACCGUCUUCGUGGUCGGAAGUAUGCUUUUGAUGUUGGAAGCCGUCAAUGAAAAUCGAGAGGGCUGCUUUGGGUACGCAGUAGAAUCAGCGUUUGAGGGAUACGUUGGUAAAGUCGAGAAGGGCAGAGGAAGUGGUUUGAAGAUUGUGGCUAGGAACGAUAUGUGCACGCAUCACCACCGCAACAAGGCAAACCUGGUGGGCAAGCCACACCGUACACCGCACAACACACCGUCCGGCCGCGACUCGAACAAGCAACACCCAGUCAAGACGAAUUCAUGGAUAUGGUGUCCUUCUUGGAUCGAGCUCAAGACUCACUACUUCCAUGAGCUCGGUUUCAUCGCUAGUUUGAGCCAACUGAUAGCGGCCACAAUUUUCUGGAUAUCCGGCUUCACAGCCCUACCCGGAAUCAUGAACAAAUUGUCUCCAGGGUUGAGCGACGGUGUAUUUUGGACGCCACAAGUUAUUGGUGGUAGUGGUUUCAUCUUGUCAGGAUGGUUGUUCAUGAUCGAGUCCCAAAAGCAUUGGUGGCAGCCUGCACCGAAAGUCUUGGGAUGGCACAUUGGAUUUUGGAACCUUAUAGGUGGCUUCGGUUUCACGUUAUGUCCCGCUUUUGGUUUCGAUGCCAGCAGUUGGGCGCAAUAUCAGGCAUCGUGUUCGACCUUUUGGGGAUCCUGGGCCUUCCUGAUCGGAAGUCUGAUUCAGCUGUACGAGUCUCUCGAGAAGACACCCGUGAGAUAUGAAGGCUCUGCCUGA